CCGUGUUUACAACCGAAGCGUGACGCUCACUGACUCGUAAGAAUACGUCUCCAAUCGUAACUGAAAGCCGUUAUUGUUCUCUAUACUUGUCCAAAAUGCAAUCACUGAGAGCGUUUUUGACUGACAGACUGGCGGUGGCGGCGGAGGAGAUAUUUGAAGCCGUAGAAAAAACAAUAAUCGAGUACAAAGAGGAGAUUUUUCGUUCAAAAGAUCUGGAAAUCAGUCGGCUGAGGAUGCAGCUGAAGAUUCUCAAGUCAGACCCUCGGUUCAAUAGAUGUCUUGGAGAAGAGCUCCAGCAGGACACCCAUCACCAUCACCAUCAUCCCCUCCAUCCUCCUCCUCCUCCUCCUCCUCCUGCUCCUUCUCAGUCUGAGCACCAUCCCUCAGUGGCCCCCAUCCCUGCUGUAGAGACCCCUGAAACCCAGUCCUGUGAGGAGGACGGGGGCAGCAGCAUGGAGCAGGAGGACCCAGAACCCUUGGAGGUCAAGAAGGAGCAGCAGAGGAGCCAUGGGGACUUCUGGAUCAGCCACGAUGCUGAGCAGUUGGAAGGCCUCGAUUCAGACAUUAAAGACCUGAUCUCAUCUCCAUCCGGUCUGAAAAACAGCUUGCAAGACCCCUCUUUACCUUUCCACCCUUACCACAAUAACAGCGUGGACGAGGGCAGAGACAAGCCCUACAGCUGCUCCAUGUGUGAGAAGCGCUUCAGUAACUGUCACCACCUGGCAGCUCACAUCAGGACACACACAGGGGAAAGACCCUACAGAUGUGAGAUCUGCAGGAAAACCUUUAUAACAACCAGCGCUCUGAACAGACACCAAACAAUCCACACUGAGGGGAAGCCGUUUGUGUGUAGUUACUGUGGGAAAUCCUUCAAGUGGAUGGAGUCUCUUGGCAGACACGUAAGAUGCGUCCAUAAGAGGGAAAAUCUGCCUGAAUGACUCUUUACAGCAGGACCUUGAAAUAGAAUCACUGUCAUUGUAGUAGUUGUGUUGUAACUGUACAUUGUUCAUCUGUUCCCUAUUACAAAGCACCUCCUUGUGUGAACAGUAGUGUAAUUUUACCCUGUUGUGGACUGUGUCAGUAAAUGUUAGAUGAUGGACUAUUGAGUUAUUUAAGAAAGUACACAGUAAACCUUACUAAGGGUAUCAAUCCUAUAGUUGACUAGGGCUGGGCAUUAUGGGCAAAAAUAUUAGUUGAUAUUGGUCAUAAUCACAUGGAAACAUAUUGUUGCCAUGUCAAUAAAAAUUAAAAUUGAUCAGUAUCUUGUUAUAAUAAGAAAAGUUUAAUGUUCUUAUGUAUUUAUAUGAUGAUUUUCAUAUUACAACUUGAAAAAUUUAUGUUUUAAUGUGAGCGCUUUCACAUUAUGUGAUAAAUGCCUAUAUUGUAAAAAUAUGAAACUCGUACUGUUUAUCAUAACAGAUCAAUAAUGAAGUACUGAUCAUUUUUGCAGUUUAAGUUCAAUGGUGAGAAUCUGCUGUUGUUGAAGUUGGUGGAAGAUACUGUGAUUCAUUUAUUCACGCUGAGGGUGAGUAACAUGAUUUAUUUUUUUUUUCUUUUUGGAACAAGAUGCUGAUCAAUUUGUAUUUUUCUGAUAUGGCAGCAUUACACUUCCAUAUAGUCCCAAUAAAUGUCAUUAAAUCGUUAUUUCUUUCCUGUUGUGAGGAUGAUAUUUGGUCCAGAGUUGAAAGUUGAAAUUAGAUGUUAUUUGUGGUUCUAAAUUAUUCUUUUUAGUAUAAAUAGGAAAAACAGUUGCUGUGUGUUUUGGAAAUUUAGGUGUAGAACGUUUCAUUUCAGAUAUGGAUGUGUAACAGUAAGAAAACCAACAAAACCCUGGAACAUAUUAUGCUGUGAUAUGAAUGUAGUGUUUUAGCUGACAAUGUAAAUGAGAUAUACACAAGAGGAAUAUUUUAUAUUGCGGUAAUGCAAAUUCUUAAGAUAUAAAAUUAUGUCAUGAUAAUGAUCAUGGCCUGUCCAAUAAUAAUAAUACUAAUAAUGAUAAUAAUAAAAUAUUGCUUAACUACUGCAGGACUCAAGAUGAUUUAAUGUCUGAAAAUAAUGCGAGGUGAAUGAAUACCCAUUGGUGUAUGUGAUUAUAAUGCAUACUUGGACAUCAGCUAAGAAAUGCAAUCAUUUAAAUGCCAUAUUAUCAGGACCUCACACAAUAAAUCUGCAAUAAAUCAUCCUUUAUUACUUCAGCUGUAUUUGUGCCAUUACUAUAACAUGUGAAAUAUUUUAUGAACAAAUCAUAAUUAUUUUGUAUCCAAAUAAUAAAAUGUCAAUUCAGUUAAUGUUUUAUUUCCACGUUUUGAUUUCUGCGGCAGAAACAUUAAAGACCGCAGCUCCACUUUUCUCCAGUAGGUGUCAGUUAAAGCUUUUCAUUCACUAUUUCACAUCUUCAGUUUUUGGCAGUGUUUAAGUUCAUGUGUCUCCAAUGUACCGAGUGUGUACUUCUUUUCUGAGAACUGUAGUAGCCUUCUUACAAUCCAAUUACCCAGACUUUAAGGGCGGUGCAGUCCCCGUACUUUUACUUGAGUAGCACCAAUGCUUCAUUCAUGUCUUGUAACAUAGUGAAACGUUGAGCAAGAAAAUUUAGCUCAGGAUAUAGUAACUGGAGAGACUUUUGGUUCAAGUUCUCAUUUGCAUACAGGUGCUCUGUGAAGUAAACCUCUUAUGAUAAGUGUGUAGAAUAGAUUAUAACUCUGAUGGUGUGAUACGUAUUUGCCAUUCAAAUAAUCAGGGUUAAAAUAAAGGUGAAUUAGAAGGAAUUAAACAGAAUAAAGUUGAAUCAUGUUCAGGGGCUCCACUCCAAACCAUGUGCAAAAAACACAGUAUUGCUUUGAUGAUUGUCCUAACCUCACCCCUGACUGUGAAGCUUUAUAUCCAACUCUGCUGUUUGGUAGAUGAAAAAUAGAGAUGGGGUUUAACUGAAUCUUCAAAAGAGCAGUCUGCUUCUCAUUAACUCUGUGGCCAAAGGGCUCCUUCGUUCUUUGUUUCCUUAAAUGGGCACACAUGGGUUCAGGUACACAAUCAUUUGAUGACAUUAUUCUGUCAUCAUUAGGUUAAAAUGUGGUGUAAAUGGGCUUGUUUUAAUUUUGAUGGUCACAUUUGUCUAAGAGUGCUUAUUGGUGGAUGCAGAGAAGGUGAUGAUGAUGUUACAAACUGCAGGUAAUGACUGGAGAGUAGGGAGGCAGAGGUCUCUGGUCCAGAUCCUGCUCAGGUCACCUGCCUGUUAUAGUAUGACCAUUUAAAAAUGUCCAGUAAUGUGUCAACAUGAUCCUCCGGGAUCUUCUGCUCCAGGCUGGAAUGAAGAGAACAAGAGGUUGAAGGAGAUUGAUUGUGUUGGCCAAAGAGGUGAAAAAAGACAACAGUGCUUGUGUCACAGUGUGUAGUGUGUCUCUGGAGCAGCAGGUUGAAAGGGCUUUCCCUGCAGAUGAAUGAGAGAUUGGAGGAUUUGCUCUUGCAGAAAUUUCAUGUAACGAGGAAAAUCUUCGCUCAUGCAGGGUUUCACAUCACUAUGACAGCACUGGCCGUGGGUGCGUUCUGUAUCUAAUCAAAUGACACAGACUUUCAGUGCAAGUUGCAAAUAAAAAAAAUUGGAGGUGACAGUUGAGUGUGGCGGCCACUGUGUCAGCAGGGCAACAGUGGACCACAGGAGAGGCAGAGCGGCCGCCACGGUCAGCGCUCAGUCAGGCAGAGGGACAGGGAACAGGUGCAAUAAAGUCAGGGAGGCUUAGUGCUGGUCACAGGGCAAACUUUAUGAAAUAUGACAGCUCCAGUGGGAAGGGAAAAAAACUGUGGAGCAAAGGCAAUGGCUUGAAGGAGCAGAACAAAAAGGGUUAAAAGUGCCUCUGUCAGGUAAACAGAGCUGCAAUGAAAGGGAAAGUGUGGAAAGUAAGAUCCCUUCGCUGGAGGCAGCUGUGGGACAGGGACUAAGCCAAAUUAGUCACAGUUUGUGCAAUGUACACUGUUCUAGCAUCAAACAUGUCAGACGCUGUAGGUAAAAUGUCUCACAGUGGAGCAGUUAGGCCAAGUUGUGUUAGAGUUUUGCAGAUUUACAAUGCCACAGUUGUGUUUAUAGAUCUUCUAAAAGUGCUGCUUCACUCACAUACAAUUACUUUCAUCAGUAACUUGAAACACAAAUCAUUUUAGUGACACAUCAGUGGUAAGUGAAGACUAUGCAUCAGCAACUGUCUUGGCACAUUUAUUCAUGUGAAGAGUGUAUUUUACAUUCCAUGAGGGUUAUUUCAUCUUCACAUUAAAACCUAUGUAUUAUAGAUUAGAUAUUAACUGAUUUAAUGA